UAUGGUUAUUUGUGCUCAGCUGGUCUGACUGUGCAUCUCUCUCUCCCUCCCGCCCUCUCUCUCUCUCUCUCUCUCUCCCUGCUGUUGCUGAACAGCAGCUCCCACUGGAAUUUGCACAAUCAAAACCAGCUUUCAUCUCAAACAGCAGUGAAUCACAUCACCUGGCGAAGAGGAAUAGCAAAUUGAGCCCAGUAGCCUUGCUGCUUAUGAAGCAUGUGGUACCAAUAGCACCCACCGGAUGGAAGGACCCAGGUUUACGUGAGACUCACUCAGCCUCAGACCUGCUGCCUGUGAUGUGAAAGCUGUUACGGGCUUUUAUAGGAGUGUGUGUAUUUAGAAGACGUUUCUACAAAGCAAACAGCCUGCUGCAACUGAAGGCUGGGAAAGGCUGCUGCUUGCUGCUACUGCUGCAGUAGCUGGUGCAGCAGGAUGAAUGUGUAAAGGGCAGCUGCCCAAGCCGUGCCGGUGAGGCUCCCAUCCUGCUCUGUUUUCAUUAACUGAAGGGAUACAGAGGAAAGCAGAUGCACUAAGCAAGUGCCACCCUGGAUCUAUCACUGUGCACUCUUCAUUGUGGAAAAUGGUCAACAAAGACAUGAAUGGAUUUCCAGUCAAGAAGUGCUCAGCCUUUCAAUUCUUUAAAAAGAGGGUACGGAGGUGGAUUAAGAGCCCGAUGGUCAGCGUGGAAAAGCACCCAAACGGCGGCCUCAAAUACCCAGGGCCCACUGUGAUGCAUUUACCACCAGGGGAUGCGGAGCUGGAGGCCCCCCUGUGCCAGACCUGCUUGGGCGACCACCCCUUCCCCCGGGCCGUUGUGCCACAGGAAACUGAGUCCUGCUCCUGGGAGAGCCAGCCAAGCAGCAAGGUGAAGGAGCCCCAUGGAAGAGGAGAGCCGCUGCCCAGGCCUGAGCCUCUGCCCCUUUGGGGCGGUGACGAUGCAGCUUUCAUGAAACAGAGAAGAAUGGGGCUUAAUGAUUUCAUUCAGAAGAUAGCCACCCACUCCUAUGCAUGCAAGCACCCUGAAGUUCAGUCUAUCUUGAAAAUCUCCCAGCCCCAAGAGCCUGAACUUAUGAACGCUAAUCCUUCUCCUCCGCCCAGUCCAUCACAGCAGAUAAAUCUCGGUCCAUCAUCCAACCCACAUGCCAAGCCAUCAGACUUUCAUUUCUUAAAAGUUAUUGGCAAAGGAAGCUUUGGAAAGGUAAGCUUAACUUCUUUGUCCUGUAAUUGAAUUACUUUUCAGCUCAUGUAUGUGAUGCCUGAGGGCUGUUUGUGCUGCCUUUGGUGAAUGACAGUCAUUUAGAGCAGACCUGGGCAGUGCUGCUGCCCAGCGCCUGGCUCUGCUGGGCUGCAGGGAAGGGAAGCAGGGUUCUGCAUUUCUGAGUCACAGUAGAGCAAGGGAGGGAGUAGGCGGGGGGUG